CUCUUUUCAAGAUGGCGAACGAAGUACCAGAUCCAUCUCAGAGCAGCACGCACAGUCGCUCUCCCAAGCUCAAUCCCCAUUAUGGUAUUGAAGGCAUCUUGGAAUCGCUGAGCCCCCACGUCCCAACGCCUGAUGGUGCAACACCACUAAAGCUUUUUCUACAAGCUCAAGACGAAUACUUUUCGAAAAUAACAGCCGAGGCAAAAGAUGCCCUGUUUCCCAAAGGAUCUUUCAAGUCCUCAGAAGAUCUGAUCGAAGACCUGCAGGCUACCAACGCCUUGCAGCAUUCCAAUCACAGUCGAUUAUUACGUGGCUCGCUCGAAAAUAUCAAACGGUUCGCGGACAGAUUGCAACCGUACUUUGAAAUUAUAGGAAUAAUCAUCCAGUCUCACCCUGAGAUAGCAGCCAUUAUAUGGGGUUGCAUCCGAGCCACUCUACUCCUUGCUUGUAACCAUACUUCCUUCUUUGAACACCUUGCCAAUACCAUUAGCGUCUUGACUUCCCAUCUGCCUCAAUUGGAGAACGUAUACCAGUUGCUGCUUCAUUAUGGGAAGGAGCCAUCAGAACGCUUAAAGUUUGCUUUGCAGCAGGUGUACCUUGAUCUCUUUUUCUUCUUUGAAAGAAUCAAAAGCAUCUUCAUACAGAAAAAGGGCAGUCCUCGUUGGACAAUCGCUGUGAUAGCUAAGUUAUCCGUCACCUCGUUUGAGAGUAGGUUCAAGGACCUUCAGGGACGCAUGCGGUAUCAGACUAGUAUCAUUAGCAGUGAAGUACAACUUAUACUUCUUGAGAACUCGAUGGCACAAUUGGCGAUACAGAAGGAGACAUAUGAGCUUGAGCAGCAGAAACCGAACGGGAAGUCGGAAGUUCUUCUGUCCGACAAAGCCGUUGUGCGUCAAGAAUUCCAAGAGCAGGAGAUGCACUGCAGAACAACAUUGCACAAGUAUGUCCGAGAAGCGGAAACUGCCUUACUCAGACUUCGAGAAUUAGCGGAGGAAUAUAUCGGCCCACUGAAGGAUAGAGGUCAUACAAAGGUCAAUGAAGGUAAAAACAAGGAAGAGAGGCUAUGGUACAUACGUUCUUGGCUUGAUGCUCCUGAAUUCUCUGUGGCCUUUGAUCAGCACUGCCACGCACGCCAAAGAAAUACAUCGCAAUGGUUUUUGGAGGAGCCUGUCUUCAAUGCUUGGAUGUCGUCGCUCCUACAGGCCUCACCCCUAAAGGACCUUUCCCAUGAAAAUACUCUUUUCGUUUCAGGUAUUCCAUUACUUCUUCUUCUACAUCGUUUUAUUACUGACAUCGGAAACUCGAAAGGCCACCCCGGUAAUGGAAAAUCGGUACUUGCCGCUGCGGCUGUAGAAUACUUGCUCGGCCUUCCAGAUUCAUCUUGCUACUAUUUUUUCUUCUCCGAUAACGACUCGGCUUCAAAACGAGCCUGCGCGUACCGAGCUUUGUUGGCCCAGGUUGUGCAUAAAAGAAGUGCGGACACAAGCUUCAUGGAAAGCAUCGAAGUCACCAUGUUCAAGAAGUCUAUAGGCACGAAAGCAUCUGUCGCCGACAUGAUGGACUUGUUGAACAUCUGCGCACGUACUGAACCGCAGUGCUAUGUUGUGCUUGACGGUAUAGAUGAAUGUUGCGACAGAGACGAGCUUCUGUCCGACCUUAGAGAAAUCUUCGGCAAGUCGGAAGUCAAGCUUCUCCUAUUUGGCCGACCAAGCGUCGUCGGGCUAGCAGAAACUCUGCCUUCACAUCGUCAGUUCCAAUUAGGCCGGCGGACAGAACCAGAUAUCCAGCUCUACGCAACUUCAAAGCUGCAGGAGCUGAUGCAGUCCAAAUUGAUACCCGCAAAUGAGGAUCUGAACCUAAUGGUGGAUCGAAUGGUGGUCGGAUCUGAUGGCAUGUUCUUGUGGGCUAGGCUGAUGAUCGAAUAUCUCAAACUUCCAGUUCUACAACCGAGGAAGCGCGUCAAAAUUCUAUUGAACCUCUCGACGCCGGAACGUCUUGACGACAUGUACGACCGCAUCAUGUCCCACAUAUCACGCUUGAAUACCACAGAACAGCAUUUGGCGGCAUGGAUCUUUGCUUUCUUGGCCUAUGCGCGCACAGAAAUAAGUGCGGAAGAAUUACGUGAGUCCAGCCGCCUGGUAUAUACUGACACAGAAGAAGAAGCAAACGACGAAGACCACUUCGAGAGCAGUGUGAUCGUGAGUUGUGCCUGCCUCGUGACGAAGGACACCUCUCGAAAGCCUGCGCUAUUCCGCUUUAUGCACACAUCUGUCAGGGACUUUCUUGCGCGAGCCAAAACUAAUGUACCGAGAGAGAUAGCGUUGUCUGCGGCCGAGUCUCAUGCCAUGAUUGCCAGAGUGUGCAUUCAGUACUUGCAUACAGUUAUGCUCUCGUACCCUCUGAGCACUGGUAGAGAAGAUAACCAGAAGUCCUCCUUGACCAACAGAUACCCUCUGAGCGAGUAUGUUUCUGUGCACUGGAUUCAUCACCUGCAGAUGGCUCUGAAAUUGCCAUGCAGUCCAGAUCGUCUGGACCCGCUGCAUAAUCAGAAGUUGACUGAACUGGCUACGACAGCACUCGCAUUCCUCUCAGCACCAACCCAGAUUUCUAUAUGGCUGGAGGCCGUUUACCUUUUCGGACGCGCAACGCACGCCGGAGCUUCACCCAAAAGGCAGAUCGAGCUUUGCAUCAGCCCGCAGAUUAAGUCACUGGCUGUUUGUGCAAAUACGGCACAAAGAUCCUUUGAAAAGACUCCUGAGCUCUCUCCUAAGGAUGUUUGGGAUCAACUUCCACAACUAGCAGAGUUCUGGUUCGAGUUGAAUCGUGAAUGGGGCGAGCAGCUCAUCCAAUAUCCAUCAUGCAUAUGGACGGAGUGUCCAGCUUUCAACCCAAAUCCAUGGCUUCAUCCUACCAACGAGAUGAAGGUGCACUCUCUGACAACCGAUAAAGAUGACCCUCUGCUCUCGCCAAAUUUGAGCACUACGAGCCUGAAAACCGUAUCGAAAACUUCAUCAGACGGAGUCCACAUUGCAGUGUUGGGCAUCUGGCCGUCCAGAGCAUACCAGGAGAUUGCCAUGCAAACUGGUCAACGUCUUUCGUGGGAUGAAAAUUUAAUUAAUGUGUUGAAACAGCUGUCGUCUGGGUGGGUUGCUAGAUAUCAGAUCUUUUCCAUUGCCAAUGACCCGGAACUGCUAUUUGAAAUGGAUUGCCCGCUGGAGCAGCCCAAGGUAUGGACGCAAAUCAGACAGUCAUUGUGGAAAGAAGGCGACAGCAAUGCUGCAGAAAAUUUUCGCCUACAAUGCCCGGUGGCGAUCUGCUCCUCACUGCGGCGUUUCGCGGUCCUGGGAGACGUCUACUCGCCACAAGCUUCACCUGGAAGCGGGUCUUCAUACCAGUUGGCUUCGAUCGUUCCUAGUUUCAAUGAGGUUCUCAGACAUAACUGGAGCUACAUGUCACCCGAUAGUACUCAGAAUACGUUCCACGCCUGCUACGAGGCAGCGACACUGGAUUCAUGGGUCCAUCGGAACUGCAGGCUAUAUCUUUACUGGGUAUGGUUUAGUUUGGAUGGUAAAUACUUAUUUUACGUAGAUAAGGCUCCCUCACAACCUAGCAGCCUUGCCAUAUGGGACCUAGGCCAGGAUGACUCUUCACCCACGCUGCAGCUAAUCAACUCUGGAUCUUUGACGUUAUACAGAGGGAUGAAGGAGGUGUAUUGCGAUGCUGGAACGUUCCAUCCCACGCAACAUCUGCUCCUUUUCUCAUUGGUCGGAUCCGUAUAUCUAUGGCCUUUCGAUCACGACGUAAGCAAGAUCAUCCAGAUUCACCACAGCUUUGAUAGUUUCCAAUCCGUAACAUUCUCUGACGACGGCGAGUUUAUUGUCAUCAACCCGGUCACAGCACGAUACCCGGUCAUUAAGAAGAUACCCGAAGACAUUCUUACGCUACUCCAAGCCGGUAGAGCAAUCGAAGGGUCACUGACCCAGGAAACAAAAAUAACUAGAAUAAAAUCCUCUGGCGAAUUGUCCAAGACUUUUGGCGUCAAUGUUUAUCUAUCGGCCGCCGUGCAAGAAACCCAGGUUACUGUGCACAAAGAUGGAAGUAGCUCAGGUGUGUCAGCCAAUCCAAGCUCAAGCAAUGCCAUCGAGGUCCACGCCUGGAAGGAACAUGCGGGUGGAGAAUUUAAGCGCUCAGAUGUCCAUUUCGAGUUUUCAAAAUUGCCCAGUGGUUUUGACAUACAGAACAUGUCAACGACGCUGCUACCUCAGCUGCGUCAGGGAAGGAUUCGUAUGGUCAUCGAAGGCUCGCGCAGACCUUGGUCAGGGAUCUCGAAGAACAGAGGGAGCCGGCCGUUGCUUGUUGAAAGACAUCGUCAGUCCACCAAGUAUUUCCAACGGCAAAUUGAUUGGUCUCGUACGGUUGAACAAUCUUUUGUCCCUGUGAUCGCGAUGGAGGAUCAUAAGGACCUUUAGGAAUUUAGACUGUCUAUUGCAAUGGUCGAUCACCUGCAGUCGAAUGUGCUUCGCUUUCGCGCAACGGUUCUACGUAACAGCUACCGUGCAAUGGUAUCGUGUCCCCUCGUCCGGUCCACAGUACUCUCACAACAAUCAAAUAUCUUAAGUCUAAGAUAAUUUCUUGAAAGGCGGGAAACAUGAGGAAACCCUAGAAUAACUUAAAGUACGAUGCAGUUUCACAAUGUUCACAAUGCGAGAGACCGUACAAUCUAUUUGAUUAGAGGGAAAGGUGUUCCCGUGUUUGGUCGGUGUGCUACGUGCAGGAGCUGGAGACUUACCCGUCUUGCCUUCAGCCUUGUGGCGGGACAACCUGUGCACGCCUUCGUUCUGGAAGUCAUGUGAGUGCUAGGCAGCAGUGCUGUUAAGAAAAUCUGACUUGACGAGU